AUGGCGAACCAAACGCCUGCCGUUGUCAUGGACAACGGCACGGGAUUCUCGAAGCUCGGUUUCGCCGGAAACGACUCCCCGUCCUUCGUGUUCCCGACCGCCAUUGCGACGAAAGGUCCCGCUGCCGGCAGUGGAGGAACUGGUUCUGGCCGCCCAGCCGUUGCCAACAAGCCGUCCUUCUUGACCGGUGGUGCAGGCCCUGGUGGACACUUGAACUCGAAGCGAGGAACUGAGGAUUUGGACUUCUUCAUCGGUGAUGAGGCAAUUGCUGCGUCAGGAGGACCAGGCUACGGUCUUCACUACCCCAUCCGACACGGUCAAAUAGAGAACUGGGAUCACAUGGAGCGCUUCUGGUCCAACUCUAUCUUCAAGUACCUGCGCGUAGAACCCGAAGACCAUUUCUUCCUUCUCACCGAACCUCCCCUGAACCCUCCCGAGAACCGCGAGAACACGGCCGAGAUCUUCUUCGAGUCCUUCAACUGCGCCGGUCUCUAUAUAGCCGUCCAGGCCGUGCUUGCCCUUGCCGCCUCUUGGACGUCCUCCAAGGUUCACGAUCGUUCUCUGACCGGAACGGUUAUCGACUCUGGUGACGGUGUCACCCACGUCAUCCCUGUUGCCGAGGGAUACGUUAUUGGAUCCUCCAUCAAGUCGAUUCCCAUCGCCGGUCGCGACCUGACCUACUUCGUCCAGUCGCUGCUUCGUGACAGAGGCGAGCCGGAUUCGUCAUUGAAGACGGCCCAGGAGAUCAAGGAGGAGCACUGCUAUGUGUGUCCCGAUAUUGUCAAGGAGUUCUCCCGCUACGACCGCGACCCCACACGCUUCAUUAAGCACCCUGUAAUCCAGCCUGGUGGCCGUCAGGUCUCCGUUGACGUCGGAUACGAGCGUUUCCUUGCCCCCGAGAUCUUUUUCAACCCGGAGAUCUACAGCUCCGACUUCCUGACGCCUCUCCCCACUGUUGUCGACAACGUCAUCCAGUCCUCCCCCAUUGACGUUCGCCGUGGUCUGUACAAGAACAUCGUCCUCUCUGGUGGUUCCACCCUGUACAAGGAUUUUGGCCGCCGCCUGCAGAGAGAUAUCAAGCAACUGGUUGACGCGCGCAUCCGAGCCAGCGAGGUCCGUAGUGGCGGUGCCAAGUCUGGCGGUUUGGAGGUGCAGGUCAUUACCCACAAGAGGCAGAGACACGGUCCCUGGUUCGGUGGCAGCUUGCUGGGCCAGACUCCCGAGUUCCGCUCUUACUGCCACACCAAGGCUGAGUACCAAGAAUACGGUCCCAGCAUUGUUAGACGAUUUGCACUCCUGGGUGGCCCUGGUGGUUCAUAA